AUGACACAUUUAUACGAGGAGGUUUACAAGAAAAGAAAAUAUUUUGACCGGGCCUUAUGCAAUGAUUAUGAAGACUGGUUAAACAAAAUUCAAUUUUCAAAAACUGUAUAUAUUGGAAAUUUGUCCAUUUAUACAACAGAGCAGCAAAUAUAUGAGCAUAUGUGCAAGGCAGGUGAUGUUGAAGACAUAAUUAUGGGUCUGCACAGAACGGAAAAAUUCCCAUGUGGCUUUUGUUUUGUGGUUUAUAAAAAGAAAGAAGGUUAUACUCAAGCUGUUAAUUUUCUUAACAAUUCAAUACUAGAUGGUAGGAUUAUAAGAGUUGAUGAAGAUUUAGGGGUAAUAGGAAAAAGAAAAUAUGGAAGAGGAAAAACGGGGGUACAAAAAAGAGAUGAAAGAAAUAAAUAUUAUGAUGAAGAUAGACCAAAAGUGCUUGAUAACUUAGUGGAUUAUAAUUUAAUUACAAAAAAAAGAAAAUAUGAUAAUACGAAUGUUAAUAAUACAUAUUAUGAAAGAAAUGUUAAACAAAGGACUUUAAUCAAUAAUAAUUCUCUUUAUUCGAAUGAUUUUAGAAAUAAUAAACAAGUCAACUUAAAACCAACUGUUACGCUGUACCCAAAUGUACAACAUUUAAUGACAUUUGGUAGAAAUAAAAAUAACAGAUUGUAUAAUUUUCACACGAAAAGGGAUAGAAAAAAAUAUGGGUAA